AUGGAUAAAAAUGUAUUACAUGAUAUAAUGACUGCGUGUAUUAUUAUGCACAACAUGAUAAUCGAGGAUGAUCGUAAUGUUGAUGCAUCGAUUGAGAAUCAGAUGGAAGUGCCAACUCCCGAAGUUGAAAUUGUCGUAGAUGAAAAUGUCCGAUUUCAAAAUUUUCUUGCUUGACAUAGACAAAUUAAGGAUGCAGAGGCUCACCAGGCUCUUCGAAAUGCAUUAAUUGAUCAUUUGUGGGAAGAACAUACUAAUUCGGAAAAUUAA